CUCUCUCACACACACACUCUGUGACUUUCCAUACGUAAAAACCCUCAAAAGAACUCUUUCGGAAUCCAAAACAAGAAUUUAUCUCUCAGAGGAAAACAAUCUCUUGUCCUCUGUGAAGAAGAAGAAGGGAGGGAGAGGUUCUGUAAACUAUCUUUUGUUUUGAGCGGAGAUGUCGACACAGAAUCGGAGGUCCCCAUUUUCAUCAUCGACCUCAUCAUCUCUGGCGAAGCGGCAAGCGUCGUCGUCGGAGAAUAUUGGGAAGGUUACGGCGGUGGCUAAGAAGCGAGCGCCUCUCACUAACCUCACCAAUUUGAAGAAUGUCCCUUCUCAUGGCUCGAGAAGCUUGGGUCCAUCGUCUACCAUGGUUCCGUGUUCAACCAAAAUUUCCAGGCCCAAGAAGGGUUCUCAAAUUCCCACUGGUGGUACAAGCUUCUCGGGGAAUGCCUUACCUUCAUCCUUGAACACGAAAACCAGCUCAAUUGGGCCUUUUAAGGCUACUCCUUUGCUAAGAAGUCAUGAAAUUGUCCCAAUUUUUCCUACUGUUUCUGCAUCAUGCAGCAUAUAUGUUUCUCCAAGUAAAUCAGACGGAAAUUCAGUAUCAACAGACGAGACAAUGUCUACUUGUGAUUCUUUCAAGAGCCCUGAAAUUGAGUACAUAGAUAAUAAUGACGCUUCAGCUAUUGAUUCUGUUGAUAGGAAGAUAUUUGGCAAUCUCAACCUUUCAGACCAUGCAAAAACAGCAGAUGACAUCUGUAAAAGAGAUGCUCAGGCGGAUAUGGAAAUGGAGGAUAAAAUUGUUAAUGUUGACAAUAAUUACACAGAUCCGCAGCUUUGUGCAUCCAUUGCUUGUGACAUUUACAAGCAUUUGCGUGCAACUGAGGUAAACAAAAGGCCUUCCACAGACUUCAUGGAGAGAAUUCAGACAGAUAUAAAUGUCAAUAUGCGCUCAAUAUUGGUUGAUUGGCUUGUGGAGGUGGCCGAAGAGUACAGGCUGGUGCCUGAUACAUUAUAUUUGACCGUGAAUUACAUAGACAGGUAUCUUUCAGCAAAUGUGAUGAAUAGGCAACGGCUACAAUUGCUUGGUGUUGCUUGCAUGAUGAUUGCCGCAAAGUACGAGGAAAUUUGUGCGCCUCAAGUAGAAGAGUUUUGUUAUAUAACCGACAAUACGUACUUCAAGGAUGAGGUUUUGGAAAUGGAAUCUUCCGUCCUAAAUUACUUGAAGUUUGAAUUGACGGCUGCGACUGCUAAAUGUUUUUUGAGGCGAUUUGUUCGGAGCGCUCAAGGCGUCAGUGAGGCUCCAUCAAUGCUAUUAGAAUGCUUGGCUAACUACAUCACUGAGUUAUCUCUCCUAGAGUACAGCAUGCUUUGUUAUGCACCAUCACAAAUAGCUGCUUCUGCCAUCUUUUUGGCCAAUUUUGUGCUUAACCCUACACGGAGACCAUGGAAUUCCACUUUGCGGCAUUACACCCUUUACCAGCCUUCAGAUUUACGCGACUGCAUUAAGGAUCUCCAUCGCCUGUGCUGUAGCAACCAUAAUUCUACUUUACCUGCAAUUAGGGAGAAAUACAGUCAGCACAAAUACAAAUGUGUGGCGAAGAAGGACUGUCCGCCUUUGAUACCUCCAGAGUUCUUCCAUGACUUGUGCCACUAGGAGGGAGUCAAGUCACCAUUCUAACGCUCUUGUUGGAUGAUUUCCGGCGACUUAACACUCCUCCUGGGUCUGAUCAUCCUUCCAGAUUGUAUAAUUUCUCCGAUGUUGGCGUUGAGCAGGGAACAUUUUAUCCCAUUGCUCAGUUUUCUGCUCAAUCUACUAGUUCAGUGAUGAGUGAACAGUUACCAUUAAUAUGAUGACAAUCUGGUAUGAUAUUCUCUGUCUUGUUUAGCAAGUUCUAGACUUACUUCAGAGUUAACCUUUAUGCUGUACCUUUAGCAAGUUCUACAUUCUUCAGUAUUAUAAAAGCAAUUACUUCCUCAGUA